AAGACUUCGAUAAUAUCUGCGACCUUGCAAGUACUGGCCAGCUUUAGAUACGUCAAAGUCUUACUUUCUACGUGUCAAAUUCGUCCGGUCCGCUUCCUUCGAUUCCUGUUUCGGCAUGGCGCUUACCUCUCUUCAUGGCAUUUCAGCCCGUCCUGCGGCAGCUGGAGCAGCAUAUGGGCGCGCCAAAGUUCCUGCCGUAACAGGUCGCGGCGUCGCUCGGCGCACUCUGCGUGUGUCGGCCACCCAUCAACCAGUCGGCUCCACAAUCAAUGGCGCGACGCCAUCAAACUUACCUCGGACAGUUCCUUCAAUCUUCUCAAACAUAGAGUCCAUGAUACAGACCACCUUCAACAGCACCCAGCCCGGCCAGCGUAACGACUGGCGCGAGGUGGAGGGCUGCUAUGUGCUUUUCCCGCCGUCAGGCCGCCCGCCCGCUGCGGUGGCGCAUUUCCUCGGAGGCCCUUUUGUGGGCGCGGCACCGCAGAUGACUUACCGCCUGUUCCUGGAAGCACUGGCCAACCGCGACAUUCUGGUGGUCGCUACGCCGUACAGCACCUCAUUCGACCACCUCCGUAUCGCGGACGAGUCCCAGUUCAAGUUCGACCGGGCCAUUCGCGCCCUGGCUCCCUCCCUGCCCUCCACCUCCCUGCCCACCUACGGAGUGGGCCACUCGCUGGGGGGCCUCAUCCACCUGCUCAUUUCCGCGAGAUAUGCCGUUCAGCGCUCCGGCAACGUGUUGAUGUCGUACAACAACCGCCCCGCCUCGGACGUCAUUCCCCUGCUGACCCCCCUCAUCGUGCCCUCAGCCCGGGUGAUUGGGCCGCUGGUCAAUCAGCUUGCGGCGUCACCAAUCCGGAGCACCGUGGAGAACAUCACCGAGACGGUCAAGGGCCUGAGUCCCUCCAUUGUACGGCAGGUUCUGCCCCUGGUGGAGCAGUUGGCGCCCAUCUACCUGGAUGCGGCGCAGGGGAAGUAUGAGUUCCUGCCCACCCCGGAGGAGACCCGCAUGCUGAUCCGCACCUACUACGGGGUGUCUCGCAACAUGCUGCUCAGGUUCAAAGACGACCACAUGGACGACACCAACAACCUGGUGCAGCUGCUGCAGGGCUCCUCUGCUGUGGGGGAGGUGCUGGACCUGGCAGUUCGCACCCUGCCUGGUGACCACCUGCGGCCCAUGCAGCAGGCCAUUGUGGACCUGCCACCGGAGGUUGCCCGGCUGGCUGCGGGGGCGGUGGAGAGCACUGGCGAGGCACUGGGCCGCCUGGCUUCUGUGGCCACUCAGCUGGGGGUGCAGCAGGCCACGGUCCCCUUGGAGGAGCUGUCUCGCGGAGUGGUGGGCAUGUCGGCCAUGUUCGGAGGCCAGGUGGGAGGUCCCGUCACCGACUCGAUGCAGUCGCUGGCAGACGAGGUGGCGGCGUGGAUGGGAAGCGGAGCCGUGGCCAUGUCGGGCACGCGGGCGCUGCCAGCCGCAUCGUUGUACGGCGGUAACAUCGGCAGUGGCGCCGCAGGGUACGGUCCAGGCUUGUCCGGACUGUGA